AGACAUGUUUUGCAGAUGUUGUGUCACCCAGGAACCAAUGUAGCCAGGCAGGUUGUUUCUGGCGGACGGUGUAUUGUAGCACCACUGGUCCCAUCUUGGUUGGAGAGAGAAGGGAGAAAGCAACCCGUCCAUAUUACCGCUGCUUUGUCAGCACUUUUCAUGGUGAUGGACCCUCCUGGUGGGGGAGACGAACGGCGGAGGCAGGCAGAGCGUCUUCGACGGGAGGAGGCAUACUAUCACUUCAUUAAUGAAUUGAGUGAAGAGGAGUAUCGCCUAAUGAGAGACAGCAACCUGCUUGGCACCCCUGGGGAGGUGACGGCUGAGGAACUCCGGCAGCGCCUUGAUGGAGCGAAAGAGCGUAUGUCAUCUCAGCCCAAUACUGAGCAGCGCUCGCAGGCUGCUGAUUCUGGAGAACAGCAGGGCAGCAGCGGCGAGGGAGAAGAGAGGGGGACUGGAGGGAGACGGGUGGCAGGGGGCACAGAGCCUGGAGCAGAAACCUCUAAUGGAGACUCAUUACUGGAGUGGCUGAACACUUUCAGACGCACUGGUAAUGCUACUCGCAGCGGACAGAGUGGCAACCAGACGUGGCGCGCUGUCAGCCGGACCAACCCUAACAGCGGCGAAUUCCGCUUUAGCCUUGAAAUCAACAUCAACCAUGAUCAGCCAGAGCCGGGGGAGCAUGAUGACACUGUGGACACUGCAGAGCUGCCAGUGAGUGCCCCAAACACAACUUCACCCUCUAUACGCUCCGCCUCCUCCUUCUCUAACCCUCGCCCUUCGACCACGCCAAGGCCAGCCCCAUACCCUACCCCCCGCCCAGCCCUCAGUAGGAGGAUGCAGACACGCCGCACACGCAGCAGCACUACCACUCUUUCUAUGAGCCCCCCUGCACUUCCUGCACCAGUGACCACCCCAGCUGCUGCUCAGAGGAGAGGUGCCACUUUGCCCUCUUUAGCACCACCUCCCACUGUUCCCAACCCUCCGCUUGAUCAAACUACAACGUCGCAACAUCAAGCCCUGAAUGCUGAAGUAGAGCAGGGCAGUGAUGACAUGUCUGCCUCUAUAGACUGUCCCCGUGUGUCACCCCAAUCUGGGUCUCAGAGCCCAGCAGCGGGAUAUGAAUCGCGUGGCAGUAGGACUCGAUCUCGUGGUCGUGCACGCAGGGCUUCAGCAGGGGGUGGGGUAUCAUCCCGCUUGUCAAGGCGAAGCCGUUCCCCUUUGCACAGAAUACCUGUUGCUAGUACGACUACACCAUCAAGCAGUGGUGUCAGUGGCUCUAUUAUCAACACUGUUGAGCCAGGCAGUGGCACAAGCUCUGUUUCCAUGGAAACGAGAGAGGCUGUGGCAGAACCUGCAGCACUUGCAGAGCCAACUGUCGAAACAGGAGAACGCGAGAGUGAAUCGCAUGUGAUAGGAGCAGGAAGUUCAGCGGUUCGACGGCACCCAACCAUCAUGCUGGACCUGCAGGUGAGAAGGAUUCGACCCGGUGAAAACCGUGAUCGGGACAGCAUUGCCAGUAGAACGCGCUCUCGUGCCCGUGUUGCUGAGAAUACUGUCACAUUUGAAAGUGACAGUGGUGGAUUUAGACGCACCAUCUCCCGCUCUGAGCGAGCUGGUAUACGCACCUAUGUGAGCACUAUCCGGAUUCCACUGAGGCGCAUAAGUGAGACAGGACUAGGGGAGCCCAACUCCACUGCCUUGCGUUCCAUCUUGCGCCAGAUCAUGACUGGAUUUGGGGAGCUGAGCUCCCUCAUGGAGACAGAGGCUGAUUCAGAAACUGUCGCACCUAGCCACACUGAUGUUAGUGCUCCAAAUAGUAACACCAGCCCAGCCAGUCGUCUACAUACAAAUGAGAGCCCAGCUGGCCAGGUUGGUACAGGUGGGGUAGAUCAGGAGAGGGUGGGGAUGGUAGGAAGUGAGGAGGACCCGGGUGGGCAGGCCAGGCUUGGAGGGGGGGUAGUGAGCACCACAGAGGGACGGGCCACCAACAGAGACACCAACAACCUGGUAGAAAACGGGACUCUACCCAUUUUGCGGUUGGCCCACUUCUUCUUGCUCAAUGAUGAGGAGGACGACGAACACCCUAGAGGCCUGACCAAAGAGCAGAUUGACAAUCUAUCCACACGUACCUACGGUCAGGCCAGCCUGGAGGGGGAGAUGGGUCGCGCGUGCAGUGUCUGCAUUAAUGAUUAUGCCCAGGGCAACAAGCUGCGCCGCCUGCCCUGCUCCCAUGAAUUCCACAUCCACUGCAUCGACCGCUGGCUCUCUGAAAACAACACCUGCCCGAUCUGCAGGCAGCCCAUACUUGCAGUGCAUCAUGACUGACCCAUUUGCUGACAAACACACCUAUCAAGUUCCUGGCUGGCUGAACUGAGCAGACCCAAGUGGGCUUUGCAUGUACAUAGCGCUUUCAUGGUUUAAUUUCUUUGAAAAAUAUCCAUUGUGUUGAAGGUUGAACCAAAAGUGCAGGAAAAAAAAGAAACUAUAAAUGCAGAGAAUUAACAAAACUUUAUUUUUUUAGAUUCUUUGUUUUGAGCAAGUUAUUGUUCUAUUUUCUUCUUUUGUUUCGCUGGUCUCUGUCACAAAGCUUCAGAGGCCCAUGUCAAUGGAUGGAAUUAAUGCUUAAGGAGCUCCUGUAGCCGCUGCUGACUAGUCUCACUUUAACGCUUUACAUAUGACGUCUCUUUGUCACAAAUGACCUACACAAAUCACUUCUAGACAUGAUUUAUUCAGUGUAAGCUGUAAAUAACCUACCACUGCUUGUAUUUAGGGGGUUUGAAGCAAGACUCUCCUCACAUGCAAUCUGUUAAGAAUGGAAGCAGGAAACCAUCAGUUUUUGUUUUUUUUUAUUCACCAUUUUAAAGCUUCAGCAUCCAUUUUAAAGUGUCCCUUUACAGUUGGUUAAGAUAUGUAUGAUUUACUGGGAUAUGUAUGAGCUAUGUAUUUAAUUUUGAAAUAAGUUUUAUUCUGUACGUCUAGUAGUAUUAUUUCUGAACUUUGCUAAGCCCUCUCCAUGCACAUGUCCCAAAUAAUUGCAAUACAGAAUUCAUCCAUAAAAGUCACCCACUAAACUCAGCCACUUUCAAAUUAUUAACAUUACCCAUAUGAAUUGCAUAUUUCAAUGAAAUGCAUUAGUCAUGUGAUAAUCAGGAAUUCAACGUUGUAAGUAGUAUGAGUUGUGCAAUAUGGAGAGAAAAUACAGUAUUUGUUUUGCUGUUCAUUGUUGUUUACAUUGUAAUACCUGAUUAUCAUCUCCAUUUUAAAACAAAGUCUAGUUUACCCUGAAGUCAACGUUUCCUCUUGGUUUCUGUUUCGGAUUUUCUAGAGUUUAUACAGUUGAAAUCCUUCUUCGCGAGAUAGGUGCUGGAAAAUUAUUAAUGUUUGGGGAAUCUGCUAAUGAGAACCCGUAUAACACAUCUCUAAUUUGGUCUUUCGCAGUGCAAUAGUCUCAGCAUAUUUCAGUUCCAGUACCAGUGCAACACCUGAAUGAAGCAAUGUUAGUAAUAUGAAAUUCCUGUACGGUCUUUAUAGUUUGUUUUUACAUUACAUACACAGAUAUCGGCAUUUCUAGUGUAACAUAGGCUGAUUAUUUAGCUGAACUACCUAGUCUGUGUUACCAUCAGGGUCACUUUGUACAUCAACAACAGUACACAGGAGCUACAACAUAUCUUCAGUUAACAUGUCACUAAUAAAACUGCAGGAAUGAUGCAGUAUAAUACGUCAGAAUGUAUGAGAGUGGGGUAAGUGUGUAUGGUUUAAUUGUGCGUGCAUGUGAGUAAGAGUGUGGGCGCUGAAGGAAAAGGUCCUGUGUACAAGUACACCUGGUUCUCAGAAAGCUUCUGUUCAGCUAGUGUCCACUGCAGAGACAUGGAGAAGGUCGUGGCCAUGCCGUUCAGAAGUGAAUAUUUAUUCUGUUCCUAUUUAAUAAGAUGGAAAUCAAGUUUUGAAAUAUGAAUAUGUAUUAUGUUACAAUGUGAUGAGAGUAAAUGAAACCGUUAAGAUAAACAUGUUACUAUGUAAUAAAAUGAAGACAUGGGUUUUCUUCUCUGCUCCUUAACAAUGGAAUAAAAUGCAGCUUUGUUAUGCCUGGAA